GUCUGAGCUGGUCAAAUCUUCCAGCCCGCACUCAAUAGGACCGACUACGUAAUCGUCGGGCUGAAAAAAAAUUUACGGUAAGCAAAUACUGGUUUGCCGUUUGUAGGGUUUUUAGGGUUUUGGGCUCAGUGUCUUCCUCGAAUUGUCAACAAUAUUCAGCUUGUAGGCAUUGACGCAUUAAGCUGUGAGAAAAGCUUGUGAGAUGGCUGGGUUUUUGGGAUUCACUAACCUUUCACCAAAGACCAAGAAUCUGGUAGUCGCUGGAGGCUUGACAGCAUUUGUGUUUGGAGUCUAUUUCUACACUAUGAGAGCAGUUGGAGGAACAGAUGAGCUUCAGGUAGCCAUAGAUAAAUUCGAACAGCAGAAAAAGUAUGAGGAUGAGCGGAACUUGCCAUCAAAAGCUUGAUGCAUGAUCAUAGUGUGAUAAUGUCAGAAGAUAAACAAGGAGGUUAAUUUUGCUGAGAGGCAUCAUUCUCAUCCUUGUUUAUGUUCUUCAAAAUUAAUUGUUCUUGCAGUUUAAAUUUGUAUUUUUUUUCUUGCCAUGUAUCUUGUCAGCCUUUCAAAUGAAUAAAUUAGUUUAGAAGAAAGACUUGGAAGUCUUCUUAAAUUUAUGAACUAGAGUAAUUGGCAAUGAGCUUGAUAAGGCAAUCAAUUUGCUAGUUGUAUAGUCA